AUGGCAUCCGACCCUCAAGCAGCAGCAAAUCAAAGAUUUGUGGAAGGACUGGCCUCACGACUGAGGAGGAAACAGGUGGUUGGGUCGCGAGCCACGGCAUUGGAGACACUCUUGGUUCUACGACAGGUCGUGUCGAAAGCGCGAUUCUCAAACAUUGAUCAGCUGGUAGAAAUUAUAAGGAGUGUCGGUCGCCGGUUAGUGGAUGCACAGCCAAAAGAGCAUUCUGUUGGAAACACUGUUCGAAAAGUUUUACAUCAUAUCCGGGAAGAAUAUCACACUGCAACAGAAACCACUGCAUCCUCUUCAACGGGGAAAUUCUCAAUAGCCAAGUUCGUCCGACAAGGACAGCCUAGAAAUAACCCCGUACCCAUGAAAUCCGAAGGAAAACCAACACUAAGGGAAAAUGAUCCAGACCAUCCCGAUUCGUUUGCGAGGGGAUUGAAGCCUGUAUUGAUGGAAGCAAUACAAGAUGUCUUCGACGAAUUAGAGACGGUUUAUGACAACAUCUCCAAAAAUGCGAAGGAUCACAUACACUCUGAUGAGAUUAUACUUACUCUCGGGAUGUCUCAAACAGUGGAAUUCUUUCUCAAAGCCGCAGCGCAUCAUCGAAACUACACUGCUAUCGUCGCCGAAACAGCGCCUUCGUACGGAGGUCGAGAAAUGGCACAAUCAUUAGCAUUAGCCGGAAUAUCGACAUUCCUUGUUCCCGAUUCCUCGAUAUACGCUCUAAUGUCCCGUGUCAAUAAGGUCAUCCUGGGUGCACACGCCAUCCUCGCCAACGGGGGAAUGUUCGCGACUUCUGGUUCACUAUUGGCUGUCACAGCGGCGCGUGCCUACAGCACGCCAGUAGUUGUCUGUGCAGGCCAAUUCAAGAUAACGCCGCUGUGGAAUCUUUAUCACGAGCAUGGUGCUCUCGACUUUGGGGAUCCAAGCGCGGUCCUUGGCUUCGAUGAGGGCAGUUUGGUCGACAAAGUUGACGUAGUAAACCCAUUCUACGACUACGUUCGCCCUGAGCUUGUUGAUGCCUAUAUCACAAAUGAUGGCGAUCAUCCUCCAUCUUCAAUAUAUCGGUUGAUCAAAGAGAGCUAUGAUGACGAGGACAUCGAUCUGUAA